AAAAUCAAACACAAUUAUUUUUAAACAGCGAAAGAAAAUGCGGAAGAACAAGAUGUUGUGACAACGUAUUUACAAUCUGUGACAAUCAUGUAUGUGAGCUCUCUCUUGGAUAAAGAAACCAGCAUGUAUCCAGGAUCUGCAAGGUGCAGCAGCAACAAUCUGCCAGUGCAAAACUUUGUGUCUACUCCACCCUAUUCAGAUUACAUGGGAUAUCAUCAUGUGCCAACCCUGGACACCCAUGGACAGCCUGCGGGAACCUGGGGAUCUCACUAUGGCCCACAGAGGGAGGACUGGAAUGCUUACGGCCCAGGACCUUCCAGCACGGUUGCUGCUGCACAGAUCAAUGGCUCGUCUCCUGGACAGGUCUCCUACAGUUCUGCUGAUUACAGCUCCCUCCAUCCUGCUGGAUCUGGGGGGUUACCUCCUGUAGAUACAAUUAAUACACAGCAAAUCUCUCCCAACAGCCAAAGGCACAGCUCUUAUGAAUGGAUGAGGAAAACAGUGCAAGCUAACACUACUGGUAAAACAAGAACAAAAGAAAAGUACCGAGUUGUUUACACAGAUCAUCAGAGACUAGAAUUAGAGAAGGAAUUUCACUGCAACAGAUAUAUUACAAUAAGGAGAAAGUCAGAACUUGCAGCUAACCUGGGACUAUCUGAAAGACAGGUGAAAAUCUGGUUCCAGAAUCGCCGAGCCAAAGAAAGAAAAAUCAUCAAGAAGAAAAUAUCUCAGUUUGAUGGCAGCGGGGGCUCAGUUCAGAGUGACUCUGGUUCACUCAGUCCAAACGAAAUAUCUAGUUCUCUGUUCCCACCACCACAUGGAAUAAAUGGAUUACAGCCUAAUGACAUUCAUCAAGUCAUAGUUUCAGAAUGAACAGGAAAAAAA